AUGGAUGCUGGCUUCGUGGACCGGGCAGGAUCAUUGCAGACAGCAGCGGCGCCGAUCGAGAACGUGAAGCCGCUACUGACGGCCGCGGGCGAGGCCGGACAUGCGUCGGUUCUUGCCCAACUCCUCGAGCACAAGGCGGACCCCAACGCCGUCAUCACCGGGAGCUACGCCGGCAGCUAUGGCUCCCGCGGCACAUGGGAGACCCCGCUCUGUGCAGCGGCAAUGGGCGGGCACCUCGAUGCAGUCAAGGUGCUGGUGGAGAACGGAGCGGAGGUGAACCGACCGGGUAAGAGCGGUGACACACCGUAUGCCCUCGCGAGACGACACAAGGAGGUUCGCGAGUGGCUGGUGAUCAACGGCGCCGUGGCCGAGGGGAGGAAGAACAAGCUCGACGUGGGCAAGUUUGCCAGCCUCGGUCUCCAGUUGGGCGCGGGUCCGAGCCAGCAUGUGGCCGAGUCGAGGGACAUAGGCAACCUCACGAGCGAGGUGAGAGGGGAGCAACCAACGACGUUCCUGCCGCGUCGGCACGGGCAGGAACGAGGAAGCUGCUGA